AUGCUAUUGAGAAGCUCUUCAUCACCACUCUUGAAUUCAUGGAUACCCAGUUCAACAGCCGGGUCAUCUCCCGAACCAGAUAUUUUGCCUCAGUUGACAAGAACCCGAUCUGUCUGCUUGACGACGUCGUUUAGUUUUGAAGAUAGCCUGGGUAGAAGCACUCUGACGCGACCCGUAUUAGAGUCGGAUUUCAGAGAGCCUUUGAAGCCCAAGAAGAGUGUGAAGCUGGCAGGUACACCCAAGCCAGUGAAGAUCAAGGGGAGAAGAGAAGGGCAGGAUGUGGGGUCCGGGUCCAUGUUGUUGUCCAGCUUCGGGCUGGGAGCACCGGAGGAAGAAGGGUGUGUAGCGGGGGCAGAGGAGGCGAGGGUGCCACAGGCGGUUGUGAUGGGCAGUGGAAGCGGUGUAGGUGGUGGCAGAGUGUGCGGAGGUGGCGGAGGUGGCAGGAGAGGCUCGGAUGAUGGGUUGGGAUCUGGUUCUCAAGAUCCGAAUAGCCAUGGGAAUGAGAACACGGAUUCUUAUUAUCAAAAAAUGAUUGAAGCAAACCCUAACAAUUCUCUCUUGUUAGCAAAUUAUGCCAAGUUCUUGAAAGAGGUUAAAGGAGAUUUUGCAAAAGCAGAAGAGUAUUGUGGAAGGGCAAUUUUGGCUGACCCAACUGAUGGCAGUGUUUUAUCACUCUAUGCUGAUCUCGUGUGGCAAACACAAAGGGACGCUGCUCGAGCCGAGGCUUAUUUUGAUCAAGCUGUGAAAGCUGACCCAAAUGACAGUUAUGUGUUAGCAUCAUAUGCUAGAUUUUUGUGGGAUGCUGAAGACGAUGAAGAAGAGGAGGUUGAAAACCGAUGUGAAAUGGACAAUACUAAUUCUCCUCCCAAGUUCUUUAAGGAGGCAUCUCAUUGGCCUCCCUUGGCCGCAGCUUCUUAA